AUGGAUUCUACUCGGUUAUACACCAGAGAAGAGCUCAAGGAGGCUGCUCUCCAUGAUCUUAUCACCAGCAGAGUCGACUCGAGGAUGAUCAGCUACCUUGCCAAGGCCGCCGACAAUGUCAUUCCCUGUGACAAGAACAUGAUGCCGGCUCAGUCCCGGAAGAACACCAGCCCCGCUAACCUACCGACUCCCCCACCACUCCCGAGCUCCGCGCCGUCCAGCCAGGACCCUAUGCUCCCUACUGUUGAGCAGUUCAUCCGCCAGCUUGUCCGGUCCAGCAACGUUCAGGCCGCCACCCUCAUGCCCACCCUCGUCUACCUUCAGAGGUUGAAGAACAAGCUCAACCCAUGUCCCGAGUACGUCAACGAUAUCUCGCCCAAGAAUAAGCACUGGGCCAGGUAUACCAACAUGGAGGGACCCACCUAUCACUUUGGCUUCUGCACAUCAGAGGUCAACCUGAUGGAGAAGCAGCUCCUCCAGCUUCUCGAUUUCGACCUCCGUUUCUCUGAAGAGGAUCUCUACAACUCGUGGCGUGAAUACGUUGAGCCUACGCGCCAGAAGAUGGAAGACGAGAACAGGAAGACCUACUUCGCCUGGCAGGAGACCGCCAUGCGCGCGGCUGCCACCCCCAGUAUUCUCCCCGCUACUACUCGCAGUAUGAUCACCACAACCCCGACCAGCGUUGACUCGGUUGACUAUACCGAUAUCUACACCCCUUCGCAGUACGCGGGCUACGAGUAUCCAACCGUUGCAGCCAAUAAGGGCCAGAGGAAGCGACUUCUCCCCUACGAGAUUACCGCGGAGCAGGCCAUGGCUCAUAGCAUGGAGAACAGGACGGCCAAGAUCCCCGUGCAAGCCGGGGAGUCUUCAGCAGGGUCUUUGGCAGUGCUAUGA